AUGCAGUUUCUCUCCGAUGCUGCCGAAGGCUGCUGGAUCGACGCGGCUCUCCCACUGACGAUUCCGGCGGGAUCUUGUGGGCUAGUUGCCGGAUCUUGUGGUCAGUGGUGGUGUCGGGAGGGACGAGUGUCUGUGGAUGGGUCGGGGCUCUGGCGGUUACGACGAAUUUGGCUGUGGCGGUCAGAGCUUGGGACUUUGCCGCUACAACUCGGAAUCCUCAAUUGCGAUCGUCUCCGGCUUCUUGGGUGGCCUCUAAAAGAUGGUGAUCAUGGAACAUACCUUGAAAGCCGUGAUCUUAAAUACAGUUCCAAGUCGACGGAUGUUUCGAGAUGGGAUAUCGAAUAA